AUAAAAAGGGCUUAUAACCGUGCAGACCUUUAAAUUCUUUUUAGGUAAUAUUCUCCACAGGUUUGCCUGUUUGGAGUUCUAUACCCUAGGACGACACCGAUAACAAUGACCACCGAUCCAUUACCAGAAGACGAUAAACAAGGUUUGUUUGAUAUACUGUCACGUGAUGUGUUACCUGCCUAAACACUAUUACCUGCGUCAAUCGCUUGAAAAAAGGAAAAAUCCAAUUUUUGUGACCGGCGAUUUAAAAAUGAAUUAAAUUAUUUGACAAACAAAUCAAGCGAAGAGAUAUACGUUUUCGACUCCAAAGGACCCAUCGAAGAAGAGAUUUGCUGAAUAUGAAGUGAGAGUCCACACCACGUGACAGUUGUCAUGGGAUCGAAACCGUCCACACCACAGGACACGGUGCAGCGCUCGUCUUCGGCGCCAAAUGUAAAGAAAUCACUUCAAAACGGGGUUUCCCCGUCAGGCACAGACACACCCUCUAGUUCUCGUAACCCACCCAAAUCUGCUGCACCCACUAGUGGAAAAGAUGACAUAAGAAGCAUUUCACAAGGAACAGAUGAUGAAGAGGUUGGGAGAAAACCGCCACCCUAUCAUAGCAGACAGAUCCCCCCGCCCAAACCGCCGAAAACCCUAAAGGAUGACAUCUUCAGCUUGGAAAAGUACAAGUUUGUUGAUGAUUAUGUCCUCAAUGCUCCCCCUAGGCUCCUUAUGGGGUCAUUUAAGGAACUCAUCCGAUACCUGACGGCAGAAGAGGACUGGGAUGACGUCGCCAAGGCGCGCGCCAUUUUCCGAUGGGUGACAGCUAUUGAUGUUUACAGUCUCAAGGUGGACAGCGACCCUCCCACGCACUCACCCCUGGAGUACUUCACCAAAAUUCAAAAGAAUCAAGGCAAUCAUGCUCAUCUGGUGUCAGGAUUGUGUCAAAUGGCAGGUCUACCUUGUGUCAUAGUAAGUGGCAUGAACAAAAGUGCUGCAUAUGAAAUCGGCAGUAAGUGUGAAAGGAAGAACAUGGGUGCCCAGUGGAAUGCCGUGUAUAUCAAAGACGACUGGAGAUUCAUGGAUGCAUUCUGGGCCUCAGCAUGUGUUGUUGGGAAAAAGUCAAGUGAGUGGACACUUGUUGACAAUGACGGUAACGUUACACAAGAGGAUGAAGAGGAAUCGGAAGGGGAGACACAACAUCGUGUAAAUGAAUUCUACUUUCUGCCCAACCCUGACCAGUUAAUAUGGACACAUUUCCCCGAUGAGCAAGACUGGCAACUGUUAGAAAAGCCCAUCACAGUCAAAGAUUACGAGAGUCACGUGUAUGUGAGGGAGAGGUUCUACUACCUUGGAAUUAACUUUACACCCAAAAGUGAAACUAAAUGUGUACUUACGGCAAAAGAUGGAGAAAUCUCCCUUCCUUUCUCGUUGCCUCCAGAUCGAAGCGAAUUCUAUAGGUUCAAAUACAUGCUUUAUAAAAACAAAUCUGCCGGCGGGAAUCAAGCAGACGUCAAUCUAGAUCGGUUUGUGUUGUUUGAGCAUACAGCUGAGAAUCUUCGAUUUGCAUUGAGAUUUCCUCUACAAGGAAAAUUCAAAAUGGACAUUUUUGGGCUAGACGUGCGUGAGUCGGACAUCUUUGAUUUGACCUGCACAUAUCUCAUAAAUUGUCCAGAAGCACAGAAAAAUUGCCUUCCAUUACCAGAUUGCCCGCCAAUUGGUUGGGGUUUUGGUGGUGAUGCCAAAAAUGCAGGAUUGGAGGCAAAAUCUCACGACGGUGCGAUCAUUAUCACAAAGGAUGGAAAAGUUGAAAUCAAACUGGGUGCACAUAAAGACAUUCGUCUGCAUCAGCUUUUGAAGAAUACGAUUGUUGAUGAAGCCACUCUCAGCAAAUAUGCAGUGAUAAGAGAAGAGAAUGGAGAAUUCAUUGUCGACCUCAGAUUACCUCAAGGAGGAGAAUACGCAUUGAAAUUAUAUGCUAAUGAGGACGGGGAAGAUGGAGAAGCUGGCAAUGUCUUAAAUUAUCUCGUCAAAUGCAACGAGAAGAACCUGUCGAACAAGCCAUUCCCCAACAUUACUGAUGGCUUCAUAGGCAAAAAAUCAAUUGCUGAUGCUUUGGGUGUAAAGGCCUUAUCCCAUAAGGAUAGUAAACUUCAUUCAAAGGACGGCAAAUUAAAGUUGGAGUUCCAGGCUAAAAAUAAUAUGGAACUUGUCUGUGAGCUUCACAGCAAUGACCCUAAUGCAACAAAGCACAUGAAAGUCUAUCCCAAGGAAGUCAAUGGCAAGUGGGUAUUCGAUAUCGAUAUGCCUAUAGAAGGGGAGUAUUCGGUGAAUGUUUUCGCCAAAAAGAAAGGCGAUGACAACAAGAGAAUUUAUAAUGUACAUUCGUACAUGAUUCAGUCGGAUGGGCAUGCUCUAGAAGAUGGCGAAGAUAAUGAAUCAAAAGAUGGGGAUGACUCAAAAGAAGAAAUCAAAGUGGUCACGGAAACAGUCCAGACGUCAGAGAAAGAAAUCCUUAUACCAGUACCUAAAGGUUUUGACAACGUGGUCGCCUGCCUUCAUAGAAGACAUGCAGACGAUCCUCCCAAUGCCCAAGAGCUAGAAUUCAUGGAGCAAGACGGCAUGAAACUGUUCAAGGCUACAUUCGAUGAGUAUGGAGAGUAUAUAAUGGAUCUGUACCAGAAGGAUGAAAAUGGGCAAGUGAAGAACAUAGCAAGGUAUCAAGUCAACAGGAAACCCGCAUCAGAGCUGUAUCAAGAUGACGCACGAUUGUUGAUGGAUCAGCUGCAAGCUGACAUGAAACACAACCGCGAGGAGGAAGAGCACAAACAGGACGAAGCCGAUAAGGAGCUGGGCGCUCUCAAGAGAGCCAUUCAGAAAGCAAUGGACUUAAAGGACCCAGGGAUGCUGGAAAGGAGCAUUGCAGACUUUGAAGCAACCAACCCUCCAGAGAAUGAUAAACUGUUACUGAAGGCAAAGAGGCUUUUAGAGCUUCUUAGAGCCAAAGAAGAGCUGAAUACUGCAUCACACAACAGAAGCAUAGAUGAUUUGGACAAAGCAAUCGCCCGCGCCAAAGCCGCUAACUACGAUAGUCUUCUGGAUCUUCAGAUUGUCAUGGCAGGUCGUCUUAGGGAUCAGCUGCAUAGAAUCGAGAGACUCCGCCACUCCGUCCUUAAUAUGGACAACAGAACCAUCGCCGAGAUCCGCACCUACGGCAAUCCGCCAGAUGGCGUUCACCAGUCACUGCAAGCUGCAUUCCUGUUGAUAGGACAUUCCAAAAAGGAUGUGAAGGUUUGGAAAACAUGCCAGAGCAUCCUGGGUAAGACAGGCCGAGAGUCAGUCAUGCGUCACAUUUCGGGCUUUGACCCAAAAGACUGCUACCUUGAUGUAGCUCAGUCAGCUAAGUUAGUGAUUGAACCCUACUCACUUGAGCAGAUCCGUGACGUCAGCGCAGGGGCUGCAACCUUUUUUGUUUGGGCUAAAGGAAUGAUUGAAGAAGUUGAGGCAACUGGUGGAGCUGAGAGACCAGACGAUAAAAUGAAGGACAAGUCCACCACUAAAAAGGGAAAUGCAGCGGGCGCAAAGAAAAAGAAGAGAUAGAGUGCACUAUCCAGAAUAUUAUGAAUUUAAACGGGAACGGGAUUGGUUGUGCUAAGAGACAUCAGUAUUUCUCUGAUAGGAAUCACAUGAUUCCUUGAAUAUUUCUGCUGAUUUUUAGACGGAAUCACGUGAUUCCUUGAAUAUUUCUGCUGAUACCUAGAUGUGGUCACGUGAUUCCGUUUAUUAGUUUUUUUUGAAGUUUGAGAGAAGAAUGGUUGAAAUUGUUUACAUGACGUGAUAGGGUUGAAUCUGACUGUUUUUUUCUUGCUUAUAUGACUUGUAAAUAUCAAACCAGGAUUAAUAUUUUAUUUCUUGCUUACAUUGUUUAUUUAUCUUGAAGUUUGGCACAUUGUAUUUAGUUUAAAUAAAGGGUAUGGAAUAGAGAUUUGUUAUAUUCACGUACAUUUUUCUUUACUACAGCAAAUAAAUAUAGCAGUGCCAGAUACGUUGGGUAUAUAUAAAACGUUUGAUUUGAUGGCAUAUAGGCUUUUCAGUAAUCUUACUGAAGAUUUGAUUUAUUUAAGCCACUAAACAAAAAUGUUACAAUUUGUUUAUUGAAUACGUCAAAUUGUUGUAUUUUGAGAUAUAUUGAACAUUUAAGAUUUUUGUUGUUAAUGGCAAAUUAACCUUGAUUAAUUAUUGAUAAGAUCGAAAGUAAUUCAUUUUUAUUACAUUGCCAUAAAAACGUUCAUACAAUUCACUCCGUCCAGUUGUAGUUUUUGCACAAAUCUUUUGCAGAUCUGGAGUUGGUUUGUUAUAUAAACACUUAAUAUACAAAAUUCCGUCCAAAUUUAAUUUUACUUUAAUUUAACUUAGACAUUUUCUGUUUUGUUACUUAUACAUGUAGUUUAAUAAAUACAUCAUCAUUAAUA